UGGGCAACGAGCACGACGGCGACGACUCCGUUGAUCGAUUCGUCUCCUGCUCUCUUGGCCGUCGCCGCCGCCGUCGUGUCUCGCCGCUCCGACCAUGUCCUCCGCCGCCGGUGAGGACUCCUCGUCGUCUCGAAAGGGGAAGGAGAAGGAGGACGCCGGCGCCCGCCGGGAGGAGGCUGUUGAGGUUGCCGAGGGAGAAGUGGAUCUGGGUGACCUCUACGGCGCGGCGGCUGGAUGGGUGGAGGCGCGGACCAGCUGCCCGCACCUCGGCACCAUGCCGCCCGCUGGUGCCAUCGACCUCGAGCGCGUGCCCCCGCCUGACUCUCCGUGCUCCAGAUGUCAUCACCCUGCUGAAAACUGGCUAUGCUUGAUCUGCAAAGAUGUGCUGUGCAGUCGUUUUAUCAACAAACAUAUGUUGUGCCAUUACCAAGAAACAGGUCACUGCCUUGCUUUGAGCUUCAGUGAUCUGUCAGUUUGGUGUUUCGCAUGUGACUCAUACCUAGACGUUCAAGCCAUCUUAGAGCUGCGCCCGGUCUAUGAAGUUGCACAUUUGUUGAAGUUUGGAGAACGUCCACCUUUUCGAUCACUUGAAGUACUGGAUUUGAGCACCGGUGAAAAUAGAAGUUCAUCAUCAGGAGCUUAGUUCUCUUUAUUCUGCUACUGGGUUUCUUUUCAUGAUGCUUCAAUCAGAUUCAGACAGACAGUUGUCUACUAACCUGGCACUUGUUAAGCUUAGGUGCAAUAAAUAUAUUUCAUCUGAGUGGCCCUGUUCUUGCUCUCGUUACUUCCAUUACUACAUUUUUAACUACUCAAAGCUUCCUUAGAUAGUUAUCGUGACGUAGUUUGUUGUGGGGGACAUGAAGCAAACGACAGGUGUAAAAGUCUGUACCUUUGAAGAUGAUAAAAGUAUUAUAAUUGCUUUGAUAUGGACAUCCAGAAAAGUAUUCAACUUCGAAUA